GUCCAGUGGUGGAGUGUGGAAUCUCCUACUGCCAGAUCUGUUCUCCUCCGAGUGCUGAGCAAAAAAAAGCAGAACCUUUUUCCCAUCAUGAACACAGACAAGCAUCCUGAAUUUACCUCCUCAGAGGGAGACGGGAUGGCUGUUUGCAGUGAUGUUGCAGAUGUGAAGUCACAAGAGGAGGAAGAAGAGAGAGAGGACAAAUCAUUCAGUGACAAUGGAAUGCAGUGUACCGAAGGUAUGAUAAAGACUGAGGCAGAGGAGAUGGAAGAUAACGAGCAGUAUCUCGAGGCUGAAAAAGAAAGACAGAUUGUGCCCAAGGAGGAAGCAGAGGGGGCCAGUGAGGAUGGGAUGGAGGAAGGAUUUGAUGAGGAGAGGACAGAGGAGGGCGAUGAUGAGGAGAGGGACGGGGAGGGGGAUGAAGAGGGAGAUGCCCUAAACGAGCCACAAGACUUGUCACUGGUCGACUACUCGCGUUACGACAGUGUUGCUCUGUCAGAUGCCCACGCAGCAGCGGCAGAUGGAACCUACGCCCCUGGAGCCACAGGCCCCCGCAUCCAGUCGUCAGGCAAGCUCAGCUGUGACAUCUGUGGCCUGUCCUGCGUCAGCAUCAACGUACUGCUGGUGCACAAGCGCAGCCACACGGGCGAGAGGCCGUUCCACUGCACUCAGUGCGGGGCCUCCUUCACCCAGAAGGGAAACCUGCUUCGCCACAUCAAACUGCACUCCGGGGAGAAGCCUUUCAAAUGCCCCAUGUGCAGCUAUGCCUGCCGACGACGUGAUGCUCUGAGCGGACACCUGCGUACUCAUUCUGUAGAGAAGCCCUUCAAGUGCAACCACUGCAGUCGCAGCUACAAGCAGCGAAGCUCUCUGGAAGAGCACAGAGAGAGGUGCCAUGUGUACAUUCAGAGUAAAGGUCCCACUGAGAGAGAGGACAGCCACACAUCCAGGGCUCAGAUGGGCAGUGAGCGUGCUCUGCUGCUGGACAGGCUCGCCAGCAACGUAGCCAAAAGGAAGAGUUCAAUGCCACAGAAGUUCACUGGCGACAACGGUGUCUGCCUGGACCUGAGCUUUAACAGGGAGCUGGCCCACCAAACCGAUGUCAAGAACCCACCACCAGGCUCCCCCGGGUCAGACGGCCACCAUCAGCAACAACCAGUCCUCACAGGCCAGGACAGUGACCCGGCACCCUCCCACAGGCCCUACCCCAUCCCAUUAAGCCACAAUGACAUCAGCCAUAUGGGCCUCACCAACGGCCACAAGUUGAGCAUGCCACUGCUGGGCCUCUCUCACACCGCCCAGCCACCCCUCGGCAUGGACUCAUUCCACACUGACAGCUCCCAAAUGUCCCAACCUGUCAUGUACAGCUUAGGGCAUCUACUGGGGGGGCUGAACCACCAGAAUGGUGUACCUCACACACAUGCCCAACCCAUCCCCUUGUCUCCUCUGGAGGCUUUGCGAGUGGUGCGGGCCGACGGGGAGGCCGGAGUGCUGCCGGGGGCUGUGUACCCCUGCGGCCACUGCAGGGUGAUUUUCCUGGACUACGUCAUGUUCACCAUCCACAUGGGAUGCCAUGGUUUCCGUGACCCGCUGGAGUGCAAUGUGUGCGGCCACCGCAGCCGGGACUGCUACGAGUUCUCUUCCCACAUAGCCCGUGGCGAGCACCGCCUAGAACUGAAGUAGCUUUCAUUCGUGCUGACGUUCAUGCUUACAUACACAGACAUAUUGUCAGACAAAGAACACUGUUUGAGCACAUACACAGAUUUACACAUAUAAGUAGUUGGCAGUAUCAGACAUAAGGAUGAAGUAGCAUGUCUAUCUCCCUCUCUCUCUUGUGUGUGUGUGUGUGUGUGUGUGUGUGUGUGUGAGUGAGAGAGAGAGGGAGAGAAAGACGUUAUAGAAGUGUGAUGUGUCAGAAUGUUCUUAGUCAUACUGUACUCAUCUGAGAAGGUGGCAUGUAAAGUGUUAAUGCGGGAGUAAUUCUACUUCCUUUA